GUGCCGAUGUUGUUAGAACCUGACGAAAGUAUUGAAUCUUCAUCGUCUAUGGAUGAAAAUUUAACAAUGCGACCGUGUGCGACGGAUUUUUCAAUUGCAGCGAUUAUGUCACGGCAUAAUCGUGAUGAAAAUCGUGGUGGUAAUGUGGCUACAACAACAAUAACCACAUCGACAUCAACAAUAACGGGGAAUACAGCUACGGAUUUACAACAGCAACAUCAUCGUUUAUCGUCUCGUGGUGGUGUCGCAUCUAUUCGAUGUCGUUCUGAACGUAAUUUAAUUGGACCAAUUACGCCACCGUUGACUGUUAAUAGUCCUGAUACAAUUACACCGUUAGAAAAAUUUGUGGAAACAACGACGACAUCGUCCGUAACAUCAUCUCCAUCAACACCAAUAGCGCCAUCGAUAACACCUGGUGUAGAAGGUGAUGAUAUUGGUCGUGAUUCACCUGUCGAUGUGUCAUCUACCUCAGAAGCUAGCCAAUCUGGUAGCAAUAACAAUAACAAUAAUAAUAAUUCAAAUUCCUCAACACCAAAAAAUCCAUUAUUACAAGAACGAUGGACAUGUGAAGAGCUACGGCAUGUUACGUGUCAUUUAGAAACAAAAGAUUUAUGGGAUCAGUUUAAUGAAUUGGGCACGGAAAUGAUCAUUACAAAAACAGGACGGCGAAUGUUUCCGACAUUACGUGUAUCAUUCACUGGUAUCCGACCAGAACAACGUUAUGCCGUGUUGUUAGAUAUCGUACCUGUCGAUAAUAAACGAUAUCGAUAUGCAUAUCAUCGUUCAUCGUGGCUGGUGGCAGGUAAAGCAGAUCCUCCAGCACCAUGUCGUUUAUACGCACAUCCAGAUUCACCAUUCACCGGAGAACAAUUACGUAAACAAGUUGUAUCAUUUGAGAAAGUGAAAUUGACAAAUAAUGAAAUGGACAAGCAUGGGCAUUUGGUGUUAAAUUCAAUGCAUAAAUAUCAACCACGUAUACAUUUAGUAAAACGUAAUAAUAACGACCAUCACCAUAGUAGUCAAUCAAAUAAUCAAAUUGUGGAUUUAGAAAAUGCUGAAUAUAAAACAUUUAUAUUCCCUGAAUCUGUUUUUACGGCUGUAACAGCAUAUCAAAAUCAAUUGAUUACAAAAUUGAAAAUUAAUAGUAAUCCAUUUGCAAAAGGAUUUCGAGAUUCAUCACGUUUGACAGAAUUUGAAAGAGAAACAAUGGAAUCAAUGUUAGCUGAACAGCAUUAUUUGCGAUCACCAUUACGGCCAUUUGAUUUAGAAGCGCAUAACAACAAUCUAACUCUAGAAGAAAAAGCACUAUUAGCAGCUAGAUCACAAUUAUUUUUACGUGCAGCAGCGGCGGCUGCUGGUCCCUAUGGUCCAUUGAUGAAUCCAAUGACCACACUAUAUGGAGCAUCAACUCCCACCAGUAGUGCAAGUAAUCCAGCCGGAAUUCCAGGUGGUGUCCCGCCUGGUGUAUUAUGGGGUCAAUGGGCCUGUUUAGGACCAUCAUUAUUAGCGGCUCACCAGCACCAGCUAGCUACAGCUGCAGCAUUACAAAAUAGUGCUGGCCCACCACCGGGUGGUAUACCAAGACCAAUGUAUCCAUCGCCCACCACAACACCAUUGUCACAUCAUAGAUUUGCUCCAUAUAUUUUAGGUAAUCAUAGUCGAAGUAAUAGCCGGGCAUCACCCGCAUCACCUGACAGUGUUAAUCGUGAUAGUGCUACUGAUUUGUCACCGCGUAGCCCUACGUAA